AUGGACUAUGGAUCUAAGUGGGCGGAGGUCAUUGCAGCACCAACAAAUGAUAACAAGGUAGUCAUGAACUUCCUUAGGAGGAACAUUUUCAGUCGAUUUGGAGUCUCCAUAGCUUUUAUUAGUGAUAGAGCGAGUCACUUCUAUAACAGACCAUUGGAAGCCAUCCUCUUGAGAUAUGAAGUGAAACAUAAGGUUGCAACACCUUAUCACCCUCAAAUAAGUAGGCAGACAGAGGUAUCCAACAGAGAGCUAAAGCAGAUCCUAGAGAAAUCUGUGGGAGCUUUAAGAAAGGACUGGUCAAAAAGGCCUCUUUGGGCAUAUAGGACAUCCUUCAAAACACUAAUAGGGAUGACCCCAUAUCAGCUGGUGUAUGGGAAGGCAUGUCACUUUCCCCUUGAGCUUGAACACAAAGCCUUUUGGGCACUCAAGCUACUCAACUUUGAUAGUAAUGUUGCUGGGGAGAAAAUGAUCUUCCAACUGCUAGAAUUAGAAGAACUCAGAUCUCAAGCAUAUGAAAAUGUCAAAAUCUACAAGGAAAAAGCUAAGACGUGGCAUGAUCAAAAGAUAAAAAGAAGAGAGUCUGUAGAAGGUCAAAAGGUACUACUAUACAACUCAAGACUCAAAUUCUUCCCAGGAAAACUUAAGUCUCGAUGA